AUUCCAUUCAUAGUUUAUUCCAAAUUAAAUGGACCAAUUGAAAGUCUACUUCCGGAACUCGGCCUGACGUCCCGGUCCAUUUUUAUUGUUUGACGAUCUAUGGUAUAGAAUAAGAUUUAAAAGAUAAACCAAUAUUUUCUGUUAAAAAUUAGAUAAAAACGCCACCUGUUACAGUAACGUUCCGUCGUGUCCUGAAGAGAAAAAAAGGAUUCAUCCGUUUAUCUGACGUUGGAAAUGUUGUAUUUUGAAAGUAACGACCGGAAGUUUCCUUGGUGUUUAUAAAAAGUCUCGGACUGUCAGGGAGGGGCGGGGCGGAGCGGGGACUGACCCGCUGUCCGUCCGUCACAUGGCAGGGUGAGGGUUGAGUUCCACGGGUCAGAGACGUGACAACAGGACACGACUGUUGUUGUUGUUGUUGUUGUUGUUAAAUGGACUGAUCUCCAGAUGAAGGUGAGGCCGUGACUUCUGUCCCCGCCGGACUGAACCGGAGCUUCGACUUCACCGUUAACUUCUUUAACAUCAGUGGUUUUUUUAAUCGGAGUUUUUUUUUUUUUUACAGAAUUAUAUCUUUCCUAUGCGUCGCGUCACGUGUCGUUAAUUUACUCAGCAAAAAGUUUUUUAAAAAAGUCCGCGGCGGUCGGUGUUGUGUGAACAGCUGACUCACCGACGGAAGGCCGUGCGUCAUCCGUCACGACCCUCCAUGGGUCGACCCCCCCGCUCGCCUCUCCUCCAGCGUCACUCAGAUGAUCGGGUCUCCGGACCUGCUGGCCUUCACCGGCCCGGAGGAGUUCGAUGAGGGAGAAGAAGAGCAGGAGGCUGCGGUUCUGCCGGAGGAGCUGUCGGUGCCGCUGCUCCCCCCGUGCCGCCCCUGGAGCUCCUCCGCACACUUCCACCGAGACUUCGUCCUGGUGGCCGAGUUCUCGGAGCAGGUUGGUCCGAAGCCCGUGCUGACCAUACCGGACGACCCCGCGGUCAUCGGCUCUUUUGAUCUCAACCACUUCUCCGUUCGUAUCAUGUCUGUGGACUACCAGGCGUCUGGACCCCUCCCCUCCUCCCCCGCCUCCCCUGGCCCCCGGCUGAACUUCAGCGAGGACUCCAAAGUCAUCUUGGGAGAUUCAGCGGAAGAUGCUUUCGCGUACGUUCAGUACCUGACUCUGUAUGACCUGCAGGCCCGGGGCAUGGUGCGUCCUUUCUGUAUGGCCUACGUGUGUUCUGAUCAGUCCAAGCUGAUGGAGAACUUCGUCGAACUGUCGUCCUGCUUCUCUCAGGCGUCCGACAGCCUGAAGACAGGAAACAGACAGGCGUUUUCAAUGGAGCUGCAGAGAAAACUCACUGAUCUGGAGUACACACGCCUAACUUUGCUGCAGGACACAGAACAGCCGUCUUCGGUGCACGUGUCCCCAGCAGAUGGAGACGUGGCCCAAGACCUUGAAGCUGUGGAACGUUCGAUCCAGAAUCACAGAGAUCUCCUUCGCCAGGUCACAUCCUACCCCAACAGGAAGCUCCAACAGCCUGACUUUCUGCCCUACGACCCGGCCGACUCCCUCACCGAUCCCACGCCGUUGCAGCCACCUGAGCGGCGUCCUUCCACCUUCACCUUCAGCUCCGCCCUCAGCCCCAGCAGGUCUGAGUGCUCUCUGAAGCCCCUGCAGGAGCUCUGCAACGCCUACUUUCUCAGCCUCAUGCAGGAGCAGCUGGCGGACACCGAGCGCCGCCUUCAAGGAGACCGCAGUGUCCUGCGAACUUCCUGCGUGUCAGGCUCACUAUACAGGAAGCUAACUCUCACCAACUUCCUGUUUGAGCUCGGAAGCAAAGGGAACGAGGAGGAAGAGCAGGAGAGCUCGGAGGCAGAGUUACAGAAGGUGAUGAAGAGCAGCGCCGGGGUGUCACGGUCAGAACCUGUGAGUCUGGAGUCUUUCUGCUCCUGCGUGGAGGAAAUACCAAUAAAACUAGAGCAGGAGGAGACCAUGACCUCUGACCUCACUGUUCUCUUGGACCUGACAGGAAGUGUGAGCAGCAGUGACAGCAUCGAGGUGCUGGGCACUGAGAAAUCCUAUCAUACACAGUGUGUAGACGGAGGAGCAGAAGGUGGAGCACAAACACAGAUGGAGGCCACUCCCAGGCGAAUGCCGUCAGACGCAACGGUCAAAUGCGUGCGGGCGUACGCACGACGGGGCAACAGCGAGGACAGCAUCGAAGUCCUGAGCACCACGGAGUCCAUCUUCCCUGAGGACCUCACCGCCAUCACGGAGGAAGAAGCCGAGCAGCUGCAUCAAAACAUCCACUUAGAAAAUGAGGAAGAAACAGAGACUGAAACUGAACUCCAUAACCACACACUGGAGAACGGACGGGGAAGUGAAAGUGAACCGCCCGUUCAGAACCACGACUGCUGUGGUGACAGAGGAGCGCCCCCGCGGCAAAUGAAAGUGAACGGGGGAGUUACAGUUAAAGAGGAAGUAGUAACUGAGCGUCUGAAGAUCGACGGAGCCACAAAAACCAACACAACUGACAAGACACUCAGAACAUCACAGGAUGAAAAAGUUGGGACAAAGUGGUUUAAAGCUGACAAGUCGGUACCUGACCUCCACAUGAACCGUGGCCCCGUCCCUGGCGUGGCGGAGGUUGACCGGUGGACUCCCCCCUGUGCUCCCCCCAGGCUGCUCAGCUUGGACGAAGGGUCCGACUGCAACAGCGUCGCAGGCUCCACAGGAGCUCCGUCCCCGACUCGGAACAUCUGGUCGCUGAAGAGGAAGAGGAAGGCGGCUCUCAGAGCCCUCAGGUUCAUCAAACACAACUCCUUCUCCCAGCAUGCCGUGUUCUGUCUCCUGAGUGGCCGUCCCCUCGUCGUGGUCGGGGCAGACGACGGUCAGGUGAAGAAGCUGGUGGAGGCUCUGAGUCUCUUCCUGCCGUCUCCUGGUCCUGAAGGAAACGCUGCGAUGUCAUGUCUGUCCACGCCACUGCAGCUGACCGACCUGUUGACCUGGAGGCUGAUGGGAAUACACAGGUCAUCGUCCAGUUCUUACUCCAGCAUCACCCACUCUCUGACCCGCUACAGUCGGUACCUGGCCCUGCUGGACCUGGACCACAGGACUCUGAGCUGUCCGUCAUACUCGGGCUCCCUCAUCAGCAGAAUGGUCGACCCUCACACGGGCAUCGGCCGCGGCCUGACCUUCCUGCUGCACCUGCAGAGCUGCCUGAGCGCUCUGGUCAACCAGGCUCUGCUCUACACCUUUGUCCCAGGGACCGGGGGGGAGGAGAGGGGGGCGGAGAGGGCGGAGUUCCUGUUCACGCGUGGCUUCUGCAGCAGCGAGCAGGACGUGAAGGUGCUGGACUUCCUGUCCAACCUCAUUAAAGAGCGUUGUGUCCGACGUGGACCCCCGGUUUUCAGAUUCUCCUACAGCUCGCUGCAGCUCCACAGGAACACACACGCAGCGUAGAGAUGACGGAGCAGGGAAACUGGAACUGCACUGGUUUUAGGUUUUAAGUUGUUGGCAUGUUGUGUUGUUUCCACUGUGAACAGAAAUCAUUUCAAAUGUCUCUGAACCACUAAGAAUCUCAAUCAUUUGUUAAUUUUAAUUAAGAUGGAAAACGGACACUUGAUUUUUCAAACAUCAUUUUGUAGAAAGAAAAAAUACAAAAAACCAAAACUUCAA